CUUUGUGAGGCGCAGCAGCGCGCGCCCGAUUGUUUUUUCCGUUGUUUUUCUUCUUCUUUUAUUUUUCAAUUAUUUCUCUGGCUAACUAAUCAAGGUGCGCGCUUUUCGGUUCGAUUAGUCAGUUUCUACUCGGGAUCGGACCUGGACGGCUUUGUGUGACGUCAGAGGUCGACGCCUGGAGGAUAGGAUUUAAAUUUUUCUAUUACUUGAUUAAAUUUUUUUCGCGAAAAAUGGCGAGGAUUUUUGGUUAAAAAGUGGUGCUUUUGGUGAUUUAAUUUUUUUUUUUUUUUGGGAGGAUAAUUUUCGAUAAUUUUUGGAGGAAAUAAUUUAUGAGUUAUCGCCAUGGCUUAUUAUAGGAUUAUUACAUUUUUGGCUGCCACACUAUUCCUUGGAAGCUCCUUAGCAUUUGAGGUUCACAAACAUAUGACCUUAGACGAGAUUAGAAGCACCUUUCAUGUAGAUAGUCAUCAUUUGGUUCCCGAAUACGAAUUAGUCCCAAUCCAUCACGUCCAGAAACGCAGCAUAGCCUCACCAGCCUCAAAAGGAGGCAACACUCUCAACCAUGGACCAAUAGAAAAACAUCCCUAUUCCAAAUCGAAAGCAUGGACUCUAAAUGCUAAUGAAGGUAUUAGGAAUUUACGAUUACAAGCAUUUGGCGAACCAUUUCAUUUGAGUCUGGCACCCACGGAGGGACUGUUUAACAAGGGUAAACUGAAGGUGUUUACUGUGGAACCUAAUGCGACUGCACAACAUGGUGUGGAGUAUGUGGAAGAUCCUGAGACUAACGAAGACAUCGGGGAAAUAUAUCAGGACCAAGCCAAUCAAGCUGCUAUUUUGCUAAGAAACGAAGGAGUGGAUAUAGUUGUGGAAGGUUCCAUCGGUUCUCACUUAGUUAUCCGACCAAUUCCAUCGCGCCUUCGUAACAAAGUCAAGACCAAUCACAAACUAUCUUCUACAGACGACGAAGUCUUCCUUGAUGACGAUGGAGCUUUAAGUGCAGAAGUUGCUAUAGAUACAGGGUUACCUAUCAAUAGAAACGACUCCGAAGCUCACAAUUAUGACAUGGUGACUGCGCAUCAUCAUAUUGUCAUUAAGAAGAAAGAAGAGCACGAUGACAUUAUGAGUGAUUAUGCAUUUAUGGAACCUGAUCACCUCGCCAAACGUUACAAACGCAGCGCCACCUCAAAGCAAAGGCAAAAAAGGGAAGCUCCCUACAUAAUCUAUCCGGAAAUUCUUGUUAUAGUGGACUAUGACGGUUAUAGGCUGCACAGUGGAGAUAAUUUACAAAUCAAGAGAUAUUUUAUCUCGUUUUGGAAUGGGGUAGAUUUAAGGUAUAAGCUGUUGAAAGGGCCGAAGAUUAUGGUGUCCAUUGCCGGUAUAAUUAUUAGCAGAGGUAGAGACGCUACACCAUAUUUAGAGCGGAAUCGAGUAGGACGUGACGCAAUAGAUUCUGCAGCAGCUUUAACCGACAUGGGCAAAUAUUUAUACCGAGAACGACGAUUACCAGUUUACGAUAUCGCUGUGGCAAUAACAAAAUACGACAUGUGCAGAAGGAGAAAAGGCGGACGCUGUACCAAAGGAACAGCCGGAUUCGCCUACGUUGGUGGUGCCUGCGUGGUCAACAAACGACUCGAAAAAGUCAACUCUGUGGCUAUCAUCGAAGACACUGGCGGAUUCAGUGGAAUUAUUGUCGCUGCACACGAAGUUGGACAUUUAUUGGGUGCUGUUCAUGACGGUAGCCCGCCACCUUCCUAUCUAGGAGGGCCAGGAGCCGAAAAAUGCCAAUGGGCUGAUGGUUUCAUCAUGUCCGACCUAAGACAUACUGAACGGGGCUUCAGGUGGUCUUCGUGCAGCGUUUCCAGUUUUCAUCACUUUUUAAAUGGUGAUACGGCAACAUGUUUGUACAACUCUCCACAUGAAGACGAAAAUCUCCCGAGGGUUUUGCCUGGAAAAUUGCUGACCCUGGACGCACAAUGUAGGAGAGAUAGAGGAACGAGCGCAUGCUUUAAAGACGAAAGAGUUUGCGCACAAUUAUUUUGCUUUGACUCUGGCAGCGGCUACUGUGUAGCUUAUCGGCCUGCUGCUGAAGGAUCGGCUUGUGGAGAUGGACAGUUUUGUCUGAACGGACGCUGUGUGGCCGAACACGAAAAUAUCAUUCCAGAUUACUCACAAAACCAGCCGUCGUACGUCAGACCGAACGGCAACAUCGGAAGGCCUUUGUUCUCAGACGAUAGCUCGGAAGAUGUACCUGAUCCUGCCCCACCUAAUGAUUUUAUCCGUCCCAAUACUAUUUAUCAAAACACCGAUAAUUAUAAACCCAAAAAUCCAAAACAAUCUUACGUUAACAAUAAUAGAAAUUUUUUCACUAGUACUAGUACUCCCACUAGCAUUAGCAGCACAACACAAAAGCCUUUAUCUUGGGGCUGGCUCAUAGCAUCCACUACUAGUAAUAGUAAAAAUCCCGUUAUCUCCACAACCACUUUGAAUCCUUACAUCGGCAACUAUUACGCGCUAAUCAAGCAAACCACAAGGAGUCCUUACGACUUUAGGGACUUUGGUAAAAAGUUCAGCACGACCACUACCACGGAGAACCCUUAUGGCAACGUGGGGUUCGGUUACAAUGACAAUAUUAACAACAACUAUCUCAAGAGGUCGUACAACGCUGCCAGUUACUAUGGAGAUAGUAGUACGUUGAACAAGACUGUAGCAGCGACAUCUGGUGGUCAGAAUUGAAGGCUGAAGGACGUAUUACUAAGCAAAGCAAGACUUACAAUUAUUGAAAAUGAAGCCUUAGGAAUUACUACUAAGUAAGUGAUUGUGAUUUAAAUAGGGAAUUUUAUUAAAAGACUCUUUAUAAGAGGUUAUGUGCGUGUGUUGAAUGAUAAAGAUAUUAUUUUAGUUCUAGUAGUUAUUGCCGCUCGCUGCUGAUCAGUUUUUAAUGCGGGUUAAAGUUUAAGGACUUGUCGUUAUUGUCGGCAAAACUCAUUUUCAACUUGCCGGCUUUCACCCUUCUCAAGUACAGACUAAUUUUAUGUAAAUAGUAACAUUUUCCAACUCAAAUCUUUUUUCCUGCCAGAAACUGCCAAUUAUAGCAACCUAGUGAUUUAUAAUAAAUUCUCUAAAUUCAUUUAAGUGCAAUAUUUACUGAUUUCUAAAUAAUUUUAAUUUACCAAUUUUUAAAUUUAAGCAAAAAAAAAAAAGAAUUUUAAAAAUUCUUUAUUUAUUCUAAAUAAGUGUUAUUUAUGAUUAUAGGUACUAUUUUUUAGAUGUCUUAUCAGAUAAGGUAGGUUUAUAUAAUUGCUAUAAUUGAAAGCAAGAUCAUUUGGAGCGACCCAAACUAGUUGAAAGUCUCUUGGAUUAAAACCAAAUUGUCCAACCUUUAUUGUCUUGCUCUCAUUAUUAUGGUAGUCCUUAAAGUAAGCAAACCAUGAACACAUUGCAGGUACCAUUUUUUUAUUUUCUAUUUCUGUUCAUGUUGUUAAAUAGUGCCAAUGUGUACACCUUCUUACAAAAUUGAUUACAAUGAAGUUAGAACAAAAAUAGAAAAUUAAUUAUACAUAUUAGGACAGAAAAAGUAAUGUAUUUGAAAUUGUUUUGUGAAAUAUAAAUAGUUAUUGCAAUAA